AUGCCGAAAUCAGGAUAUUGGCCGUAUCAAAAUAAUUAUGCAGAUAACAAUUUAACUGGCGAAUCGUCAAUAUUACAAAAGCAGGUGGGCGAAAUGGAAGGUGAGGUCAAAGAAAUUCAAAUGGAACUCGCUGCUAUAAAAAGAGAUCGAAUGUAUCUCACAAAUCGCAACAAAAUAUGUGGGAUGGACGCGGAAGAAACUAUUGAGGAUUCCUCUAUUUACAAAAACUUGAUACAAAGGCCUCAAGAUAACUUAGAUUUUGCUAUAAUCCCGCAACUUCGAGAAGAGUUGAUACGAGCUAAAAAUACAGCUGAUGAAGAGAGAUUUCAAAAAGAGAAAUAUGAGCAAAAAUUGAAGGAUUUAGAAGGAAAGCUAAAUAGUAUAUGCAAUGUUGGAACGCUGGAAAUAAAGGAAUCUCGGAAAUUUCCUACCGAGGAUGUAACUUCUCUCAAGAAACAGAUAAGAGAUUUGACGGAAGAUAUAGAGGAUUUAAAGCAAUCACUCAAUGAGAAAACCGAACAGACUCAAGAAUAUCGGGUUAAGUAUCUCCAAGCACAGCAGCAAGUGGAAGAACUGCGCCGACAAAUUGAUGUUAUAGAAUACGAUAAUAAGCAGGUUUCAGACCAAAUACAAAUAGAAAUCCAAAAAAUGAAGAUGCAAUUUCAAGAAAAGCUUCAAGAACUCGCUCCCUUGCCGGAUCUCCUGAAAGGAGCACAAAUCCAACUGCAAGAAGCAAAGCAACUUCAAAAACUAGCCGAAGACAGCUCGGAGCAGCUUUCUAGUGAACUGCAUAGAGUUAAAGAGAAGCUUGUUGUAGCAGUUAAUAAUUUAAACAUAGAAAAAGCGGAAAAAAGUCAAUUGGCUGAUGAUUGUAAGGUACUUAAAGAGGAAACCGAGGUUAAAAGAAAGGAAAUUGAAGAAUUGUUGAGGAGCGUAGAUGAUUACAAAUGUCAAGUGCUCAGACUAGGAGAAAAGUUAACCCUAUUAGAUGAAAGAUAUAAGGAUAAGUCUCUCGAAUGCACGCAGUUGUUGAAAGAUCUCGACGAAUUAAGAGUCGAAAGUAACAGGAGUCUUACAAGAAGUAAAGAAAGAUCUGACUCUAUGCGAAGAUAUAUGCAGACACAAAUUUCGGAAAUGGAAAGACAGUUAAUACAGAGUAGAGCACAGAGCAGAUUAUUUCAAAAGGAGAGAGAUGACGUACGUCAAAGAAUGCAAAUACAGAUAAAUAAUCUACGAGAGAACUUUGAGCUUGUCGAAAUAAGAAUGCGUGCGCUUUACGGGCAAGUGACAUCUUUGAAAAACACCUAUUCUGUCAUUCUGACAGACGAGGACGAUAAUUGCGAGUUCACUAAAAUCUCCACAACAUAA